UACAAUACUCAAAAACAGCUGAUUUUUGUUGACAGCAGUUCUAACAUCGAAAUAGUCGUCGAGUUUAAUAAUAAAGAAACCUAAAUUUGUGCGAGAUUUAGAAAGAAAUAAACAUGGGCACUUGGGUACUGGAAGUGGCCAAAAUGGGCAUGUACAUGACGUUCCCGGUUGCACUGUUUCACAUCUUCAACCAACCGGAAUACUUCGAAGAAUGGGUGACCAAAAAGAAACGCGAACUCUAUCCGCCAGAGAGUAAGAGUCAUCACGAGGAGCUGCAGCGUGCGAUACGUGAACACCACCAGAAGCACGAUGCUGCAAUGAUGCGUGCCAUCGAGGAGGCAGAGCGCAAGAAGUAAAGCGCGUCACCGGCUAAAUUCCCGGCUGUAUUACGUGUAUUUGAUAUCAGAACUGUUAGAUUAUAUAAGACAUAAACAAGUGAAGUGGCGUGUGGUCGUGGACUAUCACUAGUAGCGAUGUGUCAUUAAGCAAAUAAUUAAUUGUUUUUGUAAUGCCCUUGUAACUGCGCCACAGCACCCAUUAAACCACUAACAACAAUCAUUUUUGCGUGUGUGUAAAUAAACAAAAUGUGAGGUUA